UCUCAACCCUAUUUCGAGCUGGUUUUUUGGUCUUCUCUCCGUCUCCACAGCUAUGACUAGUCAAAUUUUUUAUUCGAUAAACAAUUAUUGGACUCCACUUCCAAACUAUUGCUUGAUUUUCCUUGAUAAGGAAAUCUUAUCGCGAUCGAUUUCUUCCAAGGAACUUAAUCAAUCACUCACGUUUGACUAGCCAGCUUCUCUUUUGUCAUUUUGUAGCGUUUAGCUGUUAAAUAAAGGUUAAUCGAUGUGGAUUCUGCAUUCGGACCGUCUUCGUGCUUUCAUUUUAUUCAGGGCGGUUGACUGAAAGUGGGUAGAGCCAUGGCUGAAGAUGAUAUGUAUACUAAAGAUGGGACUGUGGAUUACCGCAAGAAUCCUGCGAGGAAAGACUUAACUGGGACAUGGAGAGCCUGCCCCUUCAUUUUAGGAAAUGAAUGUUGUGAAAGACUAGCAUACUACGGGAUGAGCUCGAAUCUUGUGGUCUAUUUCAAACAGCAGCUGAAUCAACACAGCACCACGGCUUCUAACAAUGUCACGAAUUGGGGGGGUACAUGCUACAUCACACCGCUCAUCGGAGCCUUCAUAGCCGAUGCAUAUCUUGGAAGAUAUUGGACAAUAGCCGUUUUUUCAAUCAUAUACGUAAUUGGAAUGACAUUGUUGACAUUAUCGGCAUCUAUCCCAGGCCUCAAACCAACUUGCUACGAAAAAGACUCUUGCCACGCGACGAGCACACAAACAGCAGUUUGCUUCGUAGCGCUCUACCUGAUUGCGCUCGGGACGGGUGGCAUUAAGCCGUGCGUCUCAUCCUUUGGCGCAGACCAGUUUGACGAUACGGAUGAGGUCGAAAAGAAGCACAAGAGCUCUUUCUUUAACUGGUUUUAUUUCUCUAUCAACAUCGGUGCUCUUGUCGCUGCGUCUGUCCUCGUUUGGGUACAAAUGAAUGUUAGCUGGAAGUGGGGUUUCGGAAUUCCUGCUGUGGCAAUGGCAAUAGCCGUCGUCUUUUUCUUUUCCGGCACUCGGUUGUACCGUAAUCAGAGACCCGGCGGAAGCCCGCUUGUCCGGGUUGCUCAAGUGAUCGUCGCAUCGUUCAGGAAAUAUAGGAUUGAAGUCCCUUCUGACGAGUCGAAGUUGUAUGAAACUUCCGAUGCUGAGUCUGCUAUCAAAGGAAGCCGCAAGCUCAGACAUACGGAAGAUUUGAGGUUCUUCGACAAGGCUGCGGUGGAGACGCAAUCUGACCACAUAAAAGGUGCGGUCGAUCCAUGGCGACUCUGCACUGUAACACAAGUCGAGGAACUAAAAGCCGUCAUUCGAUUACUUCCCGUCUGGGCGACAGGUAUCAUCUUCACAACUGUAUAUGGUCAAAUGGGAACGUUGUUCGUCUUGCAAGGUCUAACAAUGGAUCCUCGAGUCGGGAACUCAAAUUUCAACAUCCCGGCUGCAUCCCUCGGCAUUUUCGACACCCUCAGCGUCAUCUUCUGGGUUCCCAUCUACGAUCGGAUCAUUGUCCCGGUCGCCAGAAAGUUCACCGGCCACAAAAACGGACUUACGCAACUUCAACGAAUGGGGACCGGCCUCUUCAUCUCAAUCUUCUCGAUGCUCUCGGCCGGGAUUCUCGAACUCGUUCGACUGAAAUACGUCAAGAAGCACAACUACUACGAGUACAAAGAAAUCCCGAUGUCGAUUUUCUGGCAGGUACCGCAGUAUUUCAUCAUUGGCUGCGCCGAAGUGUUCAUGUUCAUCGGGCAGCUCGAGUUCUUCUACGAACAAGCACCCGAUGCGAUGAGAAGUCUGUGCUCGGCUCUCCAGCUGACCACGGUUGCCCUCGGGAGCUACUUGAGCACGCUGCUCGUGACGAUCGUUACGGACAUCAGCACUCGGGAUGGGAAACCCGGAUGGAUACCCGACAAUCUCAAUUACGGGCACGUCGAUUACUUCUACUGGCUGCUGGCCGCGCUGAGCGUCGUCAAUUUAGGCGCGUUUCUUGUGGUGGCUAAGUGGUAUACUUACAAGAAACCCGUCGGGACCCUUCGUUGAUGUCGGGAUCCUUCCUGGUGUCGAACGAACUUUAUACCACGUGUAUGUAACUUCAAUGGUCGUAGCUUUUGUGUCGAAGUUUGUUGUAAGAAACUGUAAGUGUAAGUAACACAGCAGCAUGAAUCAAGUUCUUGGCAGUUGAUGAUCUGAAAGUAUGAAAUUAAAUUAGUUGA